AUGAUGUCUCGCUACGCUGCAGUCCACGUCAAUCCUCAAGGCCUCGGUGAUGGCCGACCUACAGCUAUGCAGAUAGUAAAAGACGAGUCAAUGGAAGGAAAGCUAGCAGGCAAGACCGUCGUGAUAACUGGCAUCUCUUCCGGAAUCGGCAUUGGAACCGUUCUAGCUCUCUCAGCCACUGGCGCCCAUUUGCUGUUGACGGCAAGAGAUCUUACCAAGGCAAAACGAGCCCUAGGAGACAUAUUCGACCCUAAUACAAUGGACCUCAUCGAGAUGGAUCAGUCCUCUUUAAACAGUGUCCGCACAGCAACAGAAAUCAUCUUAUCAAAGACAGAUCAAGUCACCAUUCUCGUCACCAAUGCAGCCAUCAUGGCCGUUCAAGAUCUCCAACUAGCAGAAAGCGGCCACGAGCUACAAUUCACAACGAAUCAUCUCUCUCAUUUCCUGCUCUUCAACCUCCUCAAGUCCGCCUUACUGGCAGGCUCGUCUCCAGACUUUCAGUCCAGAGUCGUUGUCGUGGCUGCGGCUGCACACCGCGUCGUUCAAUUGCCUCCAUCCGACAACUACCAUUUCCAGAAAGGCGGAUAUAGGCCAUGGGGAGCAUAUGGCCAGUCCAAACUGGGUAAUAUUUACAUGGCAAACGAGAUUGAGCGUCGUUAUGGCUCUCACGGCCUGCAUGCAAUUCGUCUUCAUCCUGGCCUCAUCGCUACGGGUCUUGCUCAGAAUUUACCUAAAGAAGAGAUCGGUGCGAUGAUGCAAAAUGAAGCUAUGCUCAAGCUGCAGAAGAGACUUGAACAGGGUGCAGCCACUACAUUGUGGGCUGCGGUCUCUAAGGAGUUAGAGGGCAAAGGUGGCCUUUACCUCAGUGAUUGCGCAGUCGCUGCACAUGGUGAGGAUGAUGGCAUUCCCUUUUUUGGGACGACUUCGAGCUCCACGUACAAUAUCGAAGAUGAAGCUAGGCUUUGGGAAGAUUCUUUGAAAAUGGUCGGCUUGUCAGGUGAUGAAUACUAA